AUGUCGGCGAAAAGCUUCGCUGAGUCGAACACGUUCUAUCGGCCCGUUCACUCACGGCAGGCGGAAUCUUGGAGGAGGCCUCUCGUCCUCGCAGUCGUUCUAUUUGUGCUCUGGUUGUGGAAACUCAGUGAAUGGUUCCAUGGGCGGAAUGUAAUCCUUCAUCCAGAACAAGGCCCCUUCCCAGUCUUCACCGAUUGGGAUGACAUACCCACGAGCGAGAAGCUCCUCUGGGUGCGAUGCGAGCUACCCGGCAUGUUUCCCCUGGGCCGUGGCUACAUGUGCGCCCGAUUGACCGUGCCGAUGGAUUACCAACGGCCCUUGACCCAGUCUGCCGAUAACCCCAAGGUCCAUGUCGCUAUGGUUCUCCUCCCCGCUCUCGGCCACGGCCUAGAGACGGGGCGUUUCUCCGAGUCUCCGCUUCUCCUCAACCCGGGCGGACCCGGCGGGCCAGGCACCACUUUCACCUUCCCGCCGUUCGGUCCCACUAUCCAGGCCGCCGCCGGAGGCAGCGUCGACAUCAUCGGCUUUGACCCCCGCGGCAUUGGCGCCACGACCCCACGGGCUGACUGCUUUGUCGACACCAAGCCCGGCGAGCAACCUUCAGCCGCGGCUAACAACCUUGCUUAUAUGCACAGACUGACCUGGCUGGCAAUGGCUCACGACAUCGGUCUGCCAAAUGCCACGUCCGGCGCCUUGGACCAGCUUGCACAGCGUGCCAGGGCGUUGUCCAAGCUGUGCUCCCAGAAGGAUGUCCAGGAGGGCGGAUUCGAAUACAUGGCUACGCCUAAUGUAGCGGCAGAUAUGAAGAGCAUCAUCGGUGCACACGAUGCCUGGCUUGAGGACAACGGGUUCGACACCACGCCACUCAGUGCCGGCAUGUUGUCACCCAGCGAAGCUGCUCCUCCUUCAACAAAGGGGAAACUAGUCUACUGGGGGUUCAGCUAUGGCACGUUCCUAGGACAAACCUUUGCGGCCAUGUAUCCUGAUGCGGUCGGACGACUCAUUCUGGAUGGCGUCGUUGAUGCCAAGGAGUACGAUAUACCUACGUGGAUCUCAGCCAUGCGAGACGCCGAUGCAGUCCUGGAAAGGUUCUUCUACUACUGCCACCUCGCCAGGGACGCAUGUGCCCUCUACCGUCUAGGCGACGGCGGCUCAGCGCAAAUCAAGAAACGAUACGAGCAGACAAUGGCCAAGCUCCGGGCUGAUCCACUCAUCGUCGUCUCCCGCGCGGGACACAUGCCCAUCGUGCUACUGGAGGCCGACAUACGGAAGCUGCUCUUCACCUCGCUAUACUCUCCCACCAAGGUCUUUCCCUUAUUGGCUGUUCUGCUGAACCGUCUGCAUGUGGGCGAUGACCUCUCUGAUGUGGUGGUUGCGCCUGAUUUCGGCUUCACCUGUGACGCGGAUCUCAAGAUGGUCAUUUAUCCCGAGGAGAGCCCCAAGGCGAUUGGAUGCAGUGACCGGAGGUACAAGCGUAAUGAGACUCUGGAGCAAGUCUUUGACAAGGUAUCCAAGGUCACCUCUUUCGCUGACGUCUUCUUCCCUCUCAUGAUGCACUGCGAAGGCUGGGACAUCCAAGCCAAAUUCCCCUCCCCGGGCUGGGACGCGAACCUCGAAUCCCCCGACCCCGUCAACACCUCCUUCCCGAUCCUCUUUGUCGGAAACACCCACGACCCCGUCACGCCGCUAGCCCAGGCCGUCGCCGCGUCCCGGAAAUUCGUCGGCGCCGGCGUCUUUGAGCUCGAGGCCGAGGGGCACUGCACCCUCGCCGCGACUUCGAUCUGCGCGAUCCAGAAGAUGAGGGCGUAUCUGCACAAGGGCAUCGUGCCGCCGCCGGCUGCGGUUGCUGCUGACGGACGGAUUGCCGGGUGGGAUAAGUGCAAGGCCGACGAGCGGCCUUGGAAGCCUUUCCCGGCUGAGCUGGCGGCGGAAGAAGGAGGAGAAGGAGAGGGGGCACUGCACGCGGAGGACUUACAUGUCUUACAGGGGUUGAAGGAUGUGCAUGCCGAGAUUGUCGGCCGGUUGACGCCACCAUUGAAGCUGCGUUUGCAGUAA